AACACAAGUGAACCACUUUUCUUGCAUUCUUUCUGUGCAAAGAAAGACGGUGUGAAGGAAUGCAAUGGUGAAGACUGCUUUAAUGAAACUAAUACCUGUGAACAUAUGCGUAAAGUCGCACUGACCAACACAACGUACAAUUUCACUCAGUCAAUGCUGAAUGAAUCUAAAAUCUGGCAGAACACGUCUUAUAGCGCAACAUUUGUUAUACCUCCGACGCCACCAAUUGAAAUGAAAUACAACAGCACAACAGACGAUACAACGUAUGAAAUUGAUAUGACGUUGACUUACAAUGAGCCAGACUCAUACAACUGCAGCGUUUUCACAGUGACUUCUUCGCCAAAGCAAGCUAAUGGUUUGAGGACUGCUGCGAUGUACGUUCGUGGGCCACUUCCCAAUGGUACAUUUCCACCAGAAUAUUGCCAAAUGGACUUCUUAACCUACUGCUACGAGACAACAAUUUACAGGCCAUACAACUGGAACUGCUCUGCAAGUGAGGCGAUUGGACAGGUGGAGGGGUAGAAAAAAGAAGAGCCUGUAAAGAAGAAGGACGAGAAUGCAUAAACGA